AUGGGUGAUGUUCUGAGGGAAGACGGGCCUCGAGGACCCUUGGGGGAAACUAAAGCCAUGGAAUUCACCCGAGCAGUGACUGGUGUGGCCAGGGUGGCCUCUGGCUGUGCUGUAGCUUUGCCUGUGGCCAGGAUUGCUUCAGUUGUGAUUGGAGCCCGUGAACCGACCCAGCUCCUCUUCCCCGCAGCCACGGAGGUGCAGGCUGUGCCUGUGGUGCUCGGUGCCAGGGGCUUCACUGGGGUGGGAAUGGCCGAGAACUCCAUAGCAGCCAAGGUGACGUCCGCAGCGGCCAUCGCCGACAGGGGCGGAGUUGCCUCAGGCAGCCUGGUGGUUACUCUGCAGUCACUGGGAGCAACUGGGCUCUCCAGGUUGACCAAGUUAGUCCUGGGCUCCACUGGGUCUGCUGCUGCGGCGGCUGGCUUUGUGAACUUCCUCUAGCUCCCUGCCCCUCGCCCUGCAGUGAAGAGAACUGUGCCAGGAGAGAAGGUGCCCAGCUGUCCUGACCCAGUGAGGAGCCAGCUAUAGCAAACACACCUGGGGUGAAAUAUACCAAACCCUACACCCCAGAGGAAAACAAGAAAGAAAGGUUAAUUGUUGCAACUCUUCCCAGAAGCUUUUCCUCUCGCUGGCUGUGGGGCCGGCGCAGCGUGAUUCUUGAGGUGGGGAAGGGGCAUGUUAGGGCUCAAUUCUCUUUCCCCACACUGUCAUCACAAAAACUUGGGAUAUGAUGAACCAAAAUGAAUCUAAAUUUGAAGACAAGCUGUCGCUACCCUGCUACUGACUCUGUAUGUAACCCUGGCAGGUCACCUCCUCUCUGAGUCUGUUUGCGCCUCUCUAAAUGGGGAGUUGAACUAAAUGGCCUUCAAGAUCCCAGCCAGGGCUUGUGUUUGGCUCAGUUCCCAUGAGGACUCAAGAGCAGGGAAAGCGGUGGGGGAAGUGAGGGGUGGUGGGGGAAGUGAGGGGUGAGGGGGGUGCGAACAGCCUGUUUUUAGCCACUUACCCCAAAGCCAGAGCCUCACAUCUUUGCACACGUACCCCGCCCCCACCCUCUGCAAAUCCAGUGGCUGUUUCCUGAGUGGUUGGCUUAGGCUCACAUAUGUCACUGACAAGUCUCAACGUCAAUGUCCCGAGUCGUCCCAGACUCCACUGCCCUGGCCCUGGCCCUUUUCCCCCAAUAGCCAAUAGGAAACUUUAAUUUGUCAGGGCGCUGACCUUUCUUCCUUAGGACCCUGGUCCUGAAAUGUCCUUCCCUAACCAGAACAAGGCCUUGUAGACACUUCUCAUCGCUGCAAUGUGUUCUGCCCCAGAGUAUCAGGAAUUCGUUCAUAUGUUGUUUUGCUGCUCCUUUCCACACCGUCUAUGAGCACAUGCUGUGGUCCAUGCACAGGGCUGGACCCCAAGGAAGAGAAGGGCACAGCUCGGUCUUUACCUCAGCAGCCCUCAUGGUGAGUUGAAGGGAUGGACCCACAGGCAGAUGGCCAUGGGCACUGACCUCCGAUAAGUGUUAUGCCAGGGGCCAGCCCAUGCCUUGGGGGCCAGAGGCAUGUCAAGGAAGGAGAGUGUGGAUUUUAUCCUGAGGACUUUGGAGAGGCACUGAAGGGUUUUCAACUGUGCAGUGACCACAGACACUGCAACCCUGUGCACCCCACCCUAGGUUUCCAAAGGGAAGCAGAACUGUGAGUCUAGUGCUACAGACAUUUCAAAAACAUUCAACAACUCAUCCACGUCUCUUAACUGGGUCAAUGAAGCAUGGUUUCUAUACAGCCGUAGGAAUUAACACCUUCUCAGGGUGUUCUUUCAAUAUGUGAUUCUUUUCCCCCACCUUCCCCUUUCUUUGAUGCCUUGGGGAAUCUGAAAAAAGCUGUGAAACUUCUCCCCACAAAAUGUACACAUUCCCCAAAUAAUUCCCUCGAUGUUAGGGCAUUCAUUAGAACAUUGGAAGACCCUCAUUGAAGUGAAAGGUAAAACCCCCUGCAUUAACUAGAAAUCUGAGCCUUUCUGAAAGGAAAGCAGGUCUGACCUGGGUUUGGGAGGAUGGACGAGCCUGCAUCCCAGCUAAAGCCCAGUAGACAGUCCUGCAAGGCAGGUCACCUCGGAGCAUCCAUUAUUCUAGGUGUAGGUCGUGACCUCCUCCCUUGUCCCGCUCAUGAAGGUGAGGUCUUCCAGUUCCCAGGGCCUGUUUCCAUUCUGGCAGCCAGCUCCUCACCCCACCUCGGCUGUAUGGCUCUCACCUGAUUCUUUACCUCUGACCCCUCAGCUUGGCCUUUGUAGCAGGCCGAAUUCUAAGAAUGGUGCCCAAUGACCUCCCUGGCAUAAUCCCCUCCUCUCUGGGUGUUGGUGAAGCUUCUGAACAUGUUGAGCUAUCACUCCUGUGAUUUUGGUACGUGAAUGGCAAAACGGAGAUUAUCAGUCGGGCAAGGUAGCUCAUGCCUGCAAUCUCUGCACUUUGGG